AUGGUCGAGAAAUCUGCCCAAGUUCCGUCGAGGAAGUCCUCAAAAUUCCAGAAAGAGCUGCAAGACAAUUCCAUCGAGCUUGACCCUGCCAUCAACAUUGACGAAUACACUUCUUUCUCGGAACACUUAAAGUCCUCUACUCGGAUUCUUGCGCUUAUUGGCGCUGGCCUAUCCGCUGCAUCUGGCAUUCCCACCUUCCGCGGCGCUGGUGGUUUCUGGAGGGAGCACGAUGUGACCGAUCUCGCGAGUCCCGAGGGCUUCUACAGGAACCCCAGCCUAGUCUGGCAGUUUUACAACUACAGGCGACACCAGGCACUGAAGGCGAUGCCGAAUCGAGCACACGUUGCCCUUGCGAGACUGGCGAAGCAAAAGCCUGGGUUCCUGGCAAUCACGCAGAACAUUGAUGGUCUUUCUGAACAAGCCAACCACCCACCCUCCCAACUCGAGCGCAUCCACGGCUCCCUAUUCGAGAUCCGCUGCACGAACAGAGACUGCGACUUCCAAGAAACCAACUUCACAGACCCCAUCGUCCCCGCUCUGCAGCUGCCAGAAGACCAAGACAUUGGCGACGUCAACUUCCCACUGCGCGAAGUCCCCCGAGAAGAGCUUCCCCACUGUCCGAAAUGCACCGACAGCCUCCUCCGUCCUGGCAUCGUCUUAUUCGGCGAAGCCGUGCCACAGCCCGUGACCGAGCGGAUUGGAGAUUGGCUUGACCAGGGGCAGAUCGAUCUGAUGUUGGCCAUUGGGACGACUGCUAUUGUGUAUCCCGCAGCGGGUUACAUUCAUAUCGCGAGAGUCAACCAUGCGAGGGUUGCGGUGGUGGAUAUGGAGCCGAAGGAUGGGGAUGAUGUUCAGAGGGAGCAGGAUGGCGACUGGUUCUUUCAAGGCGAUGCCUCGGUCAUCGUUCCAGAGUUGCUGAAGGAGGUGAUUGGUCGAGUGCCCUAGGUCAGAGGAUAGCAUAGGAAGAGGGUUAUUGAUGGG